AUGAUCAAAUAAAUAUAAUGUCAAUAAGAUUAAUUGACUUAAUUAAUAAUUACUAACAAUUAGAUAAGUUAAAAUAUAGAAUAAUUUUAAAAUUAGUGUUCCAUUCAAGAAUAAUUUUAAUAAUAAAUAGAAAAUUAUCAAAUUUCUUAACAGAAUAUAGAAUCCUAAAUACAGAAAUCCUUAGAUACUAGUUUAUUAUAAUAAAAAUAAUAAUGUUAAAAUUGUAAAUAAGAAUUAGAAUAAUGUGAAAUAUAAGUAGAUGAAGAAAAUAUCAUUUGUUAUAAUUGUAUUGAAAUAUCAAAAAAUUCAUCAUUAAGAAAGGAACUUAUUGCAUUUAUCAAAUUGAAAUUUGCAACAAAAACAAAAUAAGCAGAUAAUAAUAAUAAAACAAUUUAUUUUAUUUGUGAUCUACAUCCUUAACUAAAUUUACCUGAUUAUUUAGGAUAUAUUAUUGGUUAUAAUCAUCCACUUUUUAAAGAUAAAAUUUAAAUUGACCCAAAAACAUAUAGAAUAACAUAAGGUUAAGCUGAUAAAUAUUUAGAAACUGAUUUAGACUAAUUUGAAAUACAAUUAUAUGAAUUCUAUUAAAGAAAUAAUAGAAAAAUUGAAGAUAUUCCUGAAAACAUACGAAUGUUAAUGUUGUCAGUUCUUUUUAUUUUUAAAGAUUUUGCAACUGUUAAGAACUUAGCAUUUUUAUAAACAUUUAAUCAUCUCUAUAUGGAAAUUGAAAAAUUUUUAUUUCCAAAAACAAAAGGCACUAAUAUUUUGAAAACUCAAAUUUAUAAAGUUUUAGAUUUCUUUAAAGAUCGUUUUCAUAGAAGAGAUGGAACAGUUAGAUAAUAAUAUUUUAUAAAUGAUUUGAGGAAGAUCCUUCCCAUAAAAAAAAGAAUUUGA